CCAGCCAGCCUGACCAUCCGGCAGUAUCCGAACGGUGCGUUGGCCUCUGCCAGUAUCAGCUCAGGCCAUUGGUCCUGCCCAGCAUCCCGGCCCAUGAGCCCAUUGGUCCAUCUAGCCCCCCAGUUCAUGAGCUCAUUGGUCCAUUUAGCCCAGUGUCCCCAGCCUGUCAGCCCAUUGGUCCCCCACAGCCCCUGCAGUGGCCAAUCUCUGAUGAGGCUACAGAGGGAACCAAACUCCCAUAAUGCACCUGGCCAAGAGGUCAAUGCUCAGGGCCAGGGCCAGGGCUGGUGGAUGGAGAGGGUGGGCAGGGCAGGGCAGCAGAGCCGGUCCCUAGGCAGGCCUGGGAGCGCGGCUGGGGCCAGACAGGCAGAUGGCGCCUGGCCUUUGACUGCCCCUUUGCGGGUGGGGCACGGUCAGGGAGCAGAACUCUGGAGGGGUAUCGCCUGUGGGAAUCUCCCAUCAUGCUCCGCUCCAGGAGGAUGGGCUCAGACAGGAAGGGCUGCUUGGCUUGGCUUGUGGGUUAAGACACUGGGCUGGGACCCAGGAGAUUUUGGUUUCAAUGCUCAGCCCUGCUACAGACUCCCCUGUGUGAGUCACUUCAUCAGAGAAUGAGCCCUUCCCUGCCUCACAGGGCUGCUGGGAAGAUCAAUAUUUUCAUGGGGCUCAGAAGCCGUAAGGAGGGGGCCGGAUAAGGACCUUGCUAGGCAGAGGGGGGAAGUGAUAUUUUUCUAUCAGCCCUGCUCCCCUCUCACCGUGUAACGGAACUGGAAGGAGGGGGCUGGGACAGAGCCCUGACGGAGUCCAUCUUGCUGCUGCGACGAACAAGAAGCAGCCGCCGGUAUCCAAGGGACACAGAUGAACUUUCGGUCACAAUAAUUUGGUGUCUCAUGAGUGUGGCCGUCAGAGAUCCUCCACAGAAUAAGGCUGGCUGGAAACCACGUAUGAACUGCCAUAGGCACAAGCAAGGCUGAUUAGUCUUUAAGGUGCCACCAGACUCCUUGUUGUUUAAGCAAGGCUGAUGUCUGCCUAGUAGGGGGCUGUGAUGGACACGAGCUCCACACACCGCUUGUGUGUACACAUGCUAUCUACCCAUGCAUAAACAGCACUCAUGCAAACAACACUUGAACACACAAAUUUACAUGUGAUGGCUACUAUCUUGGCCAACAUACCGAAGACUGAACAGGGAACUUUGUGAGUUUCUACAAUUUAAGCUAAAGAGCCAAGCUCUCGGGCUGAGAGCUCUAAGAGACGCACACCCUCUGGGUUGGGCGCAGAGGGAGAAUUCAUAACACACAUGCACACACAAGACCAUGUGCAGGUACAGAUACAUGUGCAUCAUCGCACCUCUGAUAUUCAGCGAGUGCAUUUCUACCUGUGCUUGUUCGUUCUACUUGUCUCCACUGCUAACCUUCAACUGGGGCGUCUUCCCUUUCAGCUCGUCAUGAGGUUAUUCAUCAUUUCCUGUCAAAGUGUUGUGCAAGCAGUGCUGUGUCCCACUUCAGUAAUGGGGGAAGUGAUUCCCAUAUAACUUGUAAAGUAUUUGGAGAUUUAGAGAAAUAUAAAUGGGUCUUAGCCUUGGCCUGAAAGCUGCAGUCCAUUGAUGUACGGUAAGAUCACAGGAAACUGUCACAAGAUUUAGGGCCUGAGUGAGAUCUUAGUUUUGCUUGCUGUAAAUCUGGAGUAACUCCAUUGACUUUACACUUGAGGUCACUGGGCCUGGCUCUCAGUAACGCUGAUGAAGUCAGUGGAAUCACACCAGUAUCAGAUUGGCGUGAGAAGAGAAUUGUGCAUGUAAUUACACCAGGGCUGAGGUCGCUGGCAGUCUCAGCCCUUUGGCUUUUAUGUGAGGCUUUACAUUCUCGUUGCCAUAGGAAAAGGAAGAAAAGCCCUUUUACGUUCCGGGACGUUCCGUAAUUUCCUCCCGAGAUGGUGAAAUUCCAUCUUGGGCAAAACUUCCUUCUCCUUUCCGGGUACUUCUAGCUAGGAACUUUCCAUGCAUGUUGGGCUCCUACUGUCUAGUCACCAAAGACCCAGGACGCUCAGCAGAAAGAUGAGCCUGAGGAUUCUCUUUCUCUUAGCUGGCUCGUUGGCAGGUCCCAGCCUAACUCCCGCCCCACUUUUUUACUUGGACGUGUCUUCCGACCCCCCUGCCCGAGGAGACUCCGCCCGGCUCGUCUGCAUCGCGCCGAGUGCCUACGUGGAGAGCGAGUUCUGGUUGCUGAAGACGGACCUGGCUCAGCCUGUACAGAUGCUGUUUGCCUCGGAGGCCCAGCACCAAGUCACCUUCAUCCUGGGGAACGUCACCGGGAAGGAUGCCGGGCAGUACCGCUGCCAGUACCGCCGCUACAACGGGAGUGCCUGGCAGAUGUCAAAGUUCAGCAAUGUGGUGGAGAUUGUGGUGGCAGCAACUCCGACUGCUCCUCCCCCAGCUUCCACGGCUGCUCCAGAAGGUUCCCCGUGGCUGCUCCCUGUGACCCUCAGCGUGGCUGGAGCUUUGCUUCUGACCGUGGGCCUAGUGGUAGCAGUUGUGGCAGUCAGGCGAGUUAACGCCAGAAGACAACAGCUGAAAAGGGAUCAGGAAUCGUGCUGGACAGAAAGGAACUUUCCCACAACAGACAUGUCGUUCGAUAAUGGCCUGUUCACCGUCUCAGUGACAAUGGACCUGGAAGCCACAGGCAGCCAAGAUGCCUACAUCUCCCCAGGCUCCAGGAAAAGCCUCCGCUCCACUUCCUCUCUGGGAACCAACAGCUUCAGCACAUUCAAGUCCUUGCAAUGAGGGCCCGGGUGGAGGCCGGCCCGGGAUGCUCCAGCUAGCGACCCCCUGGUCCCGGCCCCGGCCCUUUCCUUAGUCCUUCCUUGGGCUCGGAGUCUCCCCCAGAACAGGGCAUCUGCCAGAGGGGCCAUUACCGGGGUGCGAGAGGAGAAUGAGCUUCAGUUAAGCCUCGUGCCUUGCUGUGCGCCUCCAGGAUCACGUGACAUGGACACCAUGAAAAGACGCCCAGAAUCUAGUCUACCUCCCGCACCGUGAGCAGCGUCACCGGCUCAGCCCUAGCAGCUGACUCGAUCCCUGGGGCAGAUGCUAGAAGCAGGAAGAGCCCAGCUGGGGUUGCAUAUCUUUGGGGCAGGAUUCGUGUGGCUGGCAGUGGAUUCUUCCACUGUAGCCAGAACAAAAAGAAGAACAGGAGGACUUGAGGCACCUUAGAGACUAACAAAUUUAUUAGAGCAUAAGCUUUCGUGGACUACACGUAGUCAGAACGACAUUCACACCAGCCAGCCAACCCUUUCCACCCCUCCACAAUCCCUUUCCUCCAAGCAGCGCUUCCCCAGGAUGACCUGACACGGGGGGAGAGCCAAAGACUCCAUAAAGUCCACUGCCGUGAAGGCUGUCGUCAGACUAUCGUACACGGAAGGCGCUCCUGGAUUGCUGUGAUGAGCAGCAGCUGUAAACCUGAGAUGAACAGAGGAUGCACAUAGGGAUGGAUAGGUAGAGGGGUGUGGAUGGACGGGUGUGUCUGGGGAUGGACAUAUGGGGACGGAUAGAUGGGUGGGUGGGAGUGGGGAUGGAUGGAUGGAUAUGCGGCUGUGUCUGGGAAUGGACAGUUGGAUUUGCACACCAAACACAUUUCAUCUGGAAUCACCGAGGAGAGAAUGAGUGUGGAAGCCCCAAAGGAACUGCUUUCCCGCCUAACUCCCCCCAACUCGAACUCCCUUGUCUUCUGCCUGAGACUUUCACUGAGGGGCUUUGCAGAAUGUUUAUACGUUUGCUUUUUGUUUCUGUAGGAAGUGAGUGUGGUCUAGCGAUUAGACCAGGGAGCCAGGACUCCUGGGUUCUAUACCCAGCUUGCGAUGUGACCUUAGGAAAGUCUCUUCCCCUCUCUGUGACAUAGUUUCCCUAUCUGUAAGAGGGAUGAUAAUGACCCCCCCCCCAGGAUUGUUUCCCAGCCUCUUUGAAAAUAUUAAGCACUAAGUGUUACAGUGUCUCCAGCUGCCACUGGAAACUGUAAGGUCAUUUUCUGAUUCAAUAAAGAUGUAAAUUUGUUGUUGGG